AUGAGAAACAUUUCCGAGCUUGAUGUUUCGUUAAAUACAUGUUUGGGAUUUCCGGCUCUUGAAAAUAUAACCACAGAUAUUAUGCAAUCAGCAAUAAAAGUCCUCAAAGUUAACUAUAUUUAUGUACCACGAAAAUUGAGAACAUUUUUAAUUAGAUCAAGCAGACUGAAAUAUGAAAUACCACAUGUGAGUUUUACUGAAAAUGAACUGAACAAUCUUAGUUUGAGUGACAAUGCCUUACAUACGUGGACAGGACCAGUAUAUAAUGUAAAAAAUCUGACAUCUUUAGACCUAUCAUCGAACACUUGUUCAAAUGUUUCAAAAUCAUUUUUCAGUCCGGAUUUCAAUAAUUUAAAAACCUUAUUAUUACAAGACAACAAUUUAGGGCACGUCAUACCGCUAGAUAGUGACGGUGAAAUAUUGAAGAAUCUGAACAACGUCGUUUACAUUAAUCUGUCUAAAAACAAAAUUCAGAAUAUACCAAAUUUGUUUUUUAAAAAGCAACACAAUUUAGAACAUUUAGACCUCAAUGAAAACAUGAUCAAAGAUAUCACAUUUAAAGUUUCUCAUAUGAAAAAACUUAUGUUUUUGAACUUAAGGAAUAAUCAGAUAUCGAAGCUCAACCCUUUGAUAAACGUGAGAUUAGUGCAAGGUAGUUAUGCUCUUUAA